GUAUCCUGACUGCAAUGACUGCGCUAACUUCUACAUAUGCCCAGGUGGUGGAGUGACAGGCACGCUCAACUCGUGCGCAACAGGUCUGCUGUUCAGCCCUACUACUUUGCAGUGCGCACUACCAGGGAACGUUGUUUGCAGUACAACAUCCGCUACGUCAAUAACCUCUGUGACGUCAGAGCAGUCUGAUGAAAGUCAAACGUCCCUGACUACCAACACCUCCCCUGAGAGUGAUACUUCCGUAAUAAGCCAGCAGUCAUUGACGUCCUUGGAAUCCCUUACAAGCACGACUGUCUUCUGUCUGUCGUUCUCCUCUACAGUAUGCUCUGACAAGUCUGUCCCCGCCGGAGACUACCAGGACUGCAGUAACUGCCAGCUGUACGUGCGCUGCAGCGUGUCAGGGGAGAGUAGCUCUGGGGACUGUGGGAGCUAUCUGCUGUUUAAUCCUGACACAGGGCUGUGUGAUAUACCCGGGCUGGUUACCUGCAGCACUACAUCCGCAUCUUCCCCAACGUCUGUGUCCAGUCAGACAAGUGAGAUUAGCGCCUAUAGCCCCACGUCACUCACCAGCCAGGCCAGUCUGACGUCAGAAACCAGUGUGACCUCAGCAACCAGUUCAGUUACAAGCCAAACCUCCUUGACCAGUAUGACGUCAGACACCAGUCAAACGUCAUUCACGUCUGUGACCAGCACGGAAGUAUUUUGCGUCAGCUCUUGCGUGAACGUGCCGACAGGAGACUGGCCCGACUGCAGCGACUGUCAAAACUUCUACCGUUGUGACGGUUCUGGGAGCGGAAGUGUCAUGACGUGUUUGUCUAUCUUGCUUUUCAACGGCAACAUCCAGGACUGUGACGUGCCGGCAAAUGUCGUCUGCAGUACCACUUCUGCUUCUUCUGUGACGUCACUGGAGUCACCGGUCAGCGAGAGCAAGUCGUCUGCCACUAGUUUGACCAGUCAGGAGUCAGUGACGUCAAAAGAUAUCUAUUGCAUUAACUCAUGCACUUCCAUUCCAUUUGGCCGUUGGGCAAAUUGCGAGAGCUGCGAGACCUACUACCAAUGUAACGGUGCAGACGGUGGUUCGCUGACUAGUUGUGUGGGCGGUCUGCUGUUCAAUUCCGACACCACCGCUUGUGACAUGCCUGAAAACGUUGUUUGCGCGACAACAUCUGCAUCAUCAGAGACGUCAGUCACCUCGGUGACAAGCCAAACGUCUUUCACACCCAGUCUGACGUCAGAGACAUCUGUGACGUCAGUGCAAAGUGGGGUGUCUCAACAAAGUAUCACGUCAGGCACGUCAGCCACCAGUCAGGUAGGUACACGUGUUGCAAUUUGUAUGAUCGCAUGAACAAGAAUAUUACAUACAUGACGCCUACAUCGUAGAUCCUCCAAAUACUGGAAAUACGCUGAUCACCAAUCUGGAUCCUCCACAAAUAGUUGAAUAUUGUGUAAUACACGGUUCGGAGAUGGAUUUUUUCGCCACCUCCUGCCCACCCAACAGUACUGGGUACUGACUUCGAGUUGGGGAAGGGAAGGCUGCGUGGAAAGGAUUUGGCCUCCCUACCACAAUGUGCCGAAGGCCUUGGAAGUUGUCUCACUAACAAGGAAAUCCCCAAUGUCCAGAUCAGAUGCGGGAACAACUUUACUUUUACUUUACACUGAUAAAUCUGCCAAACCUUGAACGAUGAUUACGCCAAUAUUGUUGGUAUAUUAUAUCAGGGGGAUUAUAAGAGAAUGAACAGAUUGUACGACACAUUACAUAUUUCAGUUCUCAAGCAUCGUUAUAGAAUGAGUCAGUGACCAUUUGAAAGAGCAGUUAUCUAACAUCGAAGAAUAACAACAGCGAUCAAAUCAGUAGACAGUGACAGUGAAUGUAACACUUUGUCGGUCGCCUGAUAAAACCGUGAAUUCCACAAAAUUUCGAAAAUCGUUUUUUUUUUUUUUUUGGUGCACAUUUUGAUAGUGCUCGGCGAGAUACAUGUCCCUGUAAACUAUUUUUCAAUUAUCUCAACGCAAACGUGCAAUCUGAAGUAAUAAGAAAAUCGUGAAUAAACACCGUGCCCCCAAAGUCGCCUGAUGAAACCGUGAAUCCCACACCUGUGUGGGUUUCACGAUCUCAUCAGUCGGUUUAUGACUCGCGGGGCUGACCGUUGGCGCCGUGAACGCCUCUUUAGACCAUUGGAAUAUGGGCGACUGCGUUGUGCAAACACAAUGAUCGGUCAGUAUUCACGGUUUCCAGGCCAAAGGUUAUAAUUUAUGACAUCGACUGCAUGUGUUUUGCGGGGAAACCUCUGUCACAUAAAUUAAAAUGUGUGUUUCGUAGAUGCAGGAAAUAGAAGAAGAACCAGACUUCUAUGAAAAAAAGUGUAAUUCAAAGUACACAAUGCGUUGGAAGGUGCAUUUUUAAUCUCAGAGAGAGAGAGAGGGGGGAGAGAGGGGG